AUCUCCUUGCGCCACUAGAGAGCAUCCCCCACGUGGGUGAACUGUCGCUGGGCUAUGUGGCUGGGAAGUUCCGGGGUUUCUCUUUCCCUGCUUUCGGUGGCUCGCCCUGUGCUUAGAAGGCUCACCUUUUCCUGGCUCCCGGUCAGCCACAGCGGCUGCAGGUCUAUGAUGGCCACAGAUGAGUGCGAGGCUCCUACUCGGGGGACCAGAAACCCCAGCUGCCCGGAGGAGCCGCAGGUGCAGCCACUUCAGGGAGGCAUUGAGCCGGGAGGAGAGCAGCGGCCUCCGGCCGGGGAGAAGGAACAAACUCCAGUAACGGUCUUGGCCCGAAGCUCGGGCGGCCGGAAGAAGCGGCGGGGCCAGGUCAGCGGGGAGCGCUUCGUGCCACCCCCGAAGAAGCGGCGAGCUGGGGUCAGCUUCAGCGACCAGCACUUUGCUGAAACUAGCUACUAUUUCGAGGGCGGGCUGCGCAAGGUGCGGCCUUACUACUUCGACUUCGAGACCUAUUGCAAGGGCCGCUGGGUGGGCCGCAGCUUGCUCCACGUCUACAGUACUGAGUUUCGUGCCCACUCUGUAGCUUACUAUGAGGCAGCCGCCCAGGCUGGCCGCCUGCGCCUCAACGAGCAGCCUGUGCGAGACCUCGGCGUUAUUCUUAAGGACAAUGACUUCCUCCGGAAUACCGUCCACAGACAUGAGCCCCCUGUGACUGCAGAGCCUAUCCAUCUCCUAGCCGAGAAUGAUGAUGUAGUAGUGGUAGACAAGCCCUCCUCCAUGCCGGUUCAUCCUUGUGGUCGCUUCCGCCAUAACACUGUCAUCUUUGUCCUGGGCAAGGAGCACCAGCUUAAGGAGCUGCAUCCUCUGCAUAGACUAGACCGACUUACCUCAGGAGUGCUCAUGUUUGCCAAGACGGCUGCUGUCUCCGAGCGUAUCCAUGAACAAGUUAGAGAUCGGCAGUUGGAGAAAGAAUAUGUGUGCCGGGUAGAAGGAGAAUUCCCUUCUGAAGAAGUCACCUGCAAGGAGCCCAUCUUGGUGGUGUCCUACAAGGUGGGGCUGUGCCGUGUGGACCCUCGGGGCAAGCCCUGUGAAACUGUGUUCCAGAGGCUAAGUUACAAUGGUCAUUCUAGUGUGGUACGCUGCCGGCCUCUUACUGGCCGUACACACCAAAUUCGAGUACACUUGCAGUUCUUGGGCCACCCUAUUAUCAAUGAUCCCAUCUAUAACACAGCAGCUUGGGGCCCUGCCCGGGGCCGGGGUGGCCAUAUUCCCAAGACUGAUGAUGAGCUGCUACGGGACCUGGUGGAAGAACACCGGGCCAAACAGAGCCUGGAUAUUCUGGAUCUCUUUGAAGGGGACCUACCCCCAGAUCUUAAACCUCCCUCAGAUCCCCUUCUCAAGCAAGACUUGAAAGAGCCAAAGGCAACUACAAGAGACCUAGAGGAACCAAACCAAGCAGCCCCCCUUGAUUUGAACACCAAAGAGGUGACCCCUGGGGAGGCAGCUGGUUCAGGGCUUAAGGAAAGAGAGAGAGAUCCUCUCUGUGAUGAAUGCCGGUUGGUAAGACAAGAUCCCUUACCCCAGGAGCUGGUAAUGUACCUUCAUGCCCUACGUUAUAAAGGGCCUGGCUUUGAAUAUUCUUCACCCAUGCCUGCUUGGGCCCAGGAUGAUUGGAAGGAAGACUAAGGGGUAGGGCCCCCCUGAAUUGCCUUUUGUGUUGAAGGCAAGGCCACCAUCCAUCACAGAACUGAUGUGACGAGUCCUUUUAAUGAGGGGAAGUAGACAUUCUUUGUUGGCACUUGGGAACUAGAAAGGAGGAAUUGGGGCUCUGAAAAUGUUUACUCUUUUUCAGAGCCAAAAGGAACUUAUAUACCUCAUUAGCCAUCCUACCUCCAGCCAGAAUUUUGGCAUCUCUUAAUUUAGAAAAUGGUCUUCCUAAUGUCUCUUUUGGGGGUAGUUCUCUGAGCUUUCAGGUGCUGCUGCUUAGACCAUAUACUGUGGCUGUACCAGGAUCCCUUUGACCUUCCUUGCUUUGCAAAAAGAGGCUUUCUCCCUCCUAUAGAAAAUUUCUUUCCUAUCCACUGUGAUUUGGUUCCUGUUUCUCAAGGAAUAUGUAGUAUAUAGCACCUAGAUUUGCAAAAUGCUUAUAGUCAGGCAGGAAAUAUUUUUAAAAUGCAUUUUGUUUUUUAUAUUAUGACUCCUUCCCAAUUGUGUUUGCUGCCUCCCCUCAGCAAAAAAAAAAAUAAUGAUUAAGCAUAACUGCAAAUUACAGAUUAUGUAACAGCCCCUAGCCUCCACCUUCUCCACCAAAAUGGAGGCAUUUUUUUCUCAACCUCAGCCUUCAAGAACCAGCACUGAUAAUUCUAUUUGAUAUGACUUUCAUAUACAUUAAUAUAACCACUGCAUCUGAUGUUCUCUUAGUUCUGCUUUCUUUCCAUUAUUAUCAGUUCAUACAGGUCCCAUGAGCUUUGAAUUCCUUGUCAUUCUUUGUGGCACAAAAAUAUUCCAUAAUCACCACAAUUUCAUCUAUUCUCCAAUCAUUAGAUCUCUGCUCUUUUGUUUCAAUUUUUUGCUGAUAUAAAUAUUUUGGUAUGCAUAGGACCUAGGUUUCCAGUAGUGGAAUUAUGUAGUCAAAGGGUAUGAAACCAUAUGACAAAAAGUAGAAAGUUCAAGAAAUUGAAAGUCAGAGGAUCCAAGUUCAAUUCCCACCUCUACUGUGUGCUACCUAUAUGAUCUUGGGUCCUUUAUUGGGCCCCAGUUUCUUCAUCUGACAUAUUUAGGAGUUGGACUAGAUGUGUGCUAGGCUCUCUAUUUUAGCUCUAAAUCUAUGAUACCAUGACUUUUCUCACAUAAUCCCAAAUUGGUUUUCCAGUUCACAGCUCCACCAAUAGUGGAUUGUUGGGUUUGUCUUCCCAUAGCUCCUCCUGCACUGACUAGUUGACCAUAAAUAAGUAUUUAUUGAGUGUUAGUUUUGUGGGUGUGAAAAGAAUAAUAUUUAUGUCCCAGGGAGAAAGGCAUUUAUUUGCAGAGUCUAUGUAUGUGGCACAGAUUGGGAGGGACUGAACUGCAUGAAUGAGAUAGGUAUUGGCUAAGUAUUAGCAUUUAUUUUGAUGCCUUAAGAAUUCUUCAUUUCAUCAACUGUGGGCAGAUCAUAUCUACUCCUUUACUUGAGUCAUCAGUGCUGAGUUGCAUAGCAAAAAAAAUUCAUCCUCCCAGGUGGUCAGCAUCCUGAUGAUAAGCCUCUUGGCAUUUAGGUAAGGCAAGCAUUUAUUAAGCCUCUUAUAACAGCUAUAUACAGAGGAGGACCUGGCAGAGCUUAUACUUUCUUAGCAUAGACUUUGGGUACCCAGGAUUACUUUAGCACUGCAGUGAAGCAUUCAAUUAAAAUUCAGCAAACUCUAGGAGAUUGCUGCCUCUCUCACUCAGACCCUUAACAUUUGUAGCCUGGACCAGAGGUGAUCAGGCUACAUGCAGCCAACAGUACUCCCAAAUGCAGCAUGAACCAGAUUAAAGUGUGAUUGAGAAAUAUUUAACAAAAUAAAAAUAUAAUAAAAUAUAGACAAUGUUAAUAUGUAGAUUUCUAAGUCAGUAUGCAGCCUAAUAUGUAGCCCCUAUUUCUACAUGAAUUUGACACUAAUGAGCAAAAGAUGAAAUGACUGAGGAAACAGGUUUAAUCAUCUCAAUAUAUUGAUUUAUUAAGCAAUGCAUGCUAAUUGCUGGAUGAAUCAGGAUCAGGCCUUUGCUCAGGGCUGGACCCCAGAUACAGGGGGGGGAGAUAGACUUUUAUACAUAAAAAAAUAAAAUGAGACCAAUUAAUUAAAAAGAACACAAUGUUAGGUAAUCUGAUUUCUAAUUGGAGGAAAGAUGUGGGCUUUUCCAAGUUGGAAGGGGAAGAAUGAACAGAUAUAAUUCCCUGAAUUCAGGAAAAGAGAUAUCCCACUCCAAGAAACAUGGAAACAAUAACUGAUUGAUCAGGAUGGGGCCAGUUUCCAGAUAAGACAUCUGGGUUUGCUUGAGAUGUACAAUUAUUAGAAAAUUCCUUGCGUCAGUCUUAGAAUCUGACUGCAUUUCUGGUCAACAUAACCCAAGUCCUUGAUUAAGGACAGCAGGUACAGGUGGUCCAGUUUCCUAGCCACAUAGGGCGAGGUUCAAACAAUGCAAUAAGGUUUUCUCCUAACUCCCACAACUGAAUAAACUUUUCUCAUAGGACAGAAUUUAGACUAAAUAAUUGGCAUUUUCCCCCCAGUUACAUGUAAAAACAAUUUUUAACAUUUAAAAAAAAUUGAGUCCUAAAUUCUCUUUCCUCCUUCCCCUCCCUUUGCUAAGACUGUAAGCAAUCUGAUAUGGAAUUUUUUUAAUGUGCAAUCAUGUAAAAUAUUUUUCCAUGUUAAUUCUUUUGUGGGAGAAAAUUAAAACAAAAAAUGGAGAAGUGAAAUAUUGUGUGCUUUGGCUAGACUCAUAAUUGAAUAGAAACUAAGCUAGCUCCAGAAUUGAGUUGCAAAAUGGAGACUGUGGUUCACUCAAUUCCCACAAUUAACCACUUGCUGUCCUAAUCCCCUCAAUUUUCUUGAAUUACUGACCUGGACUAUUAAUUAGACUAUUUGGUUUCUCUGCUUCCAACCUCUUCCUUCUCCAAUCCAUCCAAAAUAAUUUCCCUACAACAUAGAUCUGACUAGGUCAUUUUCCUGUUCAAAAGCUUUCCUGGCUCCUCAAUUAUCUCUGGCAUAAAUGCAAACAGCCUUAGUAUUUAAAGCUCUCCAAGAUCUGGCUCCAACCCACAUUUCUACCUUUAUUUCAUAUUACUUCCCUUCACGAGCUAUAUUCUAGCCAAAUCACAAUGCCAGCUGUUCCCUAAACUCCUGCCUGCUUAUAUUGUUACCCAUUCCCUAUGUCUAGAAGUCACUGGGAUGGCAAGGUGGCGUCAUAAUGCCCAGAGUAUCUGGCCUAGAGUCAGGAAAACCGCAAUUCAAAUCCAGCCUCAGAUAUUUACUAGCUCUGUGACCCUGGGCAAGUCACUUAACCCUGUUGGCCUCAGUUUCCUCAUCUAUCAAAUGAGCUGGAGAAGGAAGCAGCAAACCACUCCAGUAUCUCUGCCAAGAAAUCCCCAAAUGAAGUCAGGAAGAGUUGGAUAAGACUGAAACGAGUGAACAGUAACAAAGAAGUCAGUACUUUGUUUCUACCUCUUAGAAUGCUGAUUCUCAAGGCAUGGCUUUGGGGUUGAAUCACAGUCUGUGAUGUUUGAAGCAUGUAAGGUGAUAGGGGUGCAAAGAGACAAACAAAAUAAUGGAGCUGAAAUACAAUGCAUAUAACCAUGCAAAAACAAAAUGGGGCAGAGGAAGGGAGCACAAGCCAAUGAAGGAAGGGUAUCAAAUAAACUUAAAAGAAUGUACCGAAGCUGGAUCUCGAAGUCAGACUUUUUUUUAAAACCCAUAGCUUCUGUUUUAGAAUUAAUAUUGAGUACUGAUUCCAAGGCAGAACAAUGAUUAAGGCUAGGCAUUAGGGGUUAAGAGAUUUGCCCAGGGUCACACAGCUAGGAAGUAUCUGAAGGCAGAGUUGAACCCAGGAUCUCUAGUCUAGGCUUGGCUCUCUAUCCCCACUGACUACCUUGCUGCCCUAGAAGCUAGAUUCUAAGAGGAGUGAAUUCCAGGCAUAGAAGACAGCUACACAAAGGCAUAAAGGUGGGAGAUGGAAAUCUCCUUAAAUGUGAAAUCCAGUGAGCGAAGCAGAAUAAUAUGAAAAUUAGAAAGUUAAUCUAGAGUCAAAUUAUAGAAAGUUUAAAUUAUAAAAGGAAUUUUUAUUUUAUCCUAGAGUCAGUGGGGAACCACUGAAAAUUCUUGAGCAGAAGAGUGAUAUGAUCAGGUAUGGGCUAUUACAAAGAUUAUUUUGACAAUUGUGUGGAAAUUAAUUUGGAAAGGAGAAUUUGGAAGCAAGUAGGCUAAUGAAGAAGCAAAAGCCUGCUGGUGGGUCUUCCUACCUCAAGUUCAUUUUCCAUUUAGCCAUUAAAGUGAUUUUCCUAAAGGGCAAAUCUGAUAAUAUCACAUCCCUACUUGAUAAAUUCCAGUUACUUUCAGGGUCAAAUACAGAAUCUUCUGCUUGGUGUUUGCAUGUUGUCCCUUCCAUUGUAUUGGAAGCUCCUUGAAGAUAGGGACUGACUUUUGCAUCUUUGUAUUUCCAGCACUUAGCACACUGUCUGCCACAUAGUAGGCACUUAAAAUGUUGAUUGAUUGAGGCAUUUGCAGGAUUCCAAGUGAGGUGCUGAAGGCUUAAAGUGAGAGUUAGUUGGGGGCAGUUAGGUGGUUCAGUGGAUUGAGAGCCAGGUCUAGAGACCAGAGGACCUAGGUUCUAAUCUAGCUUCAGACAUUUUCUAGUGUGACCCUUACUUGCCCUCUUAGAAUCAAGGCUGAAGAGUGGUAAGGGCCAGGCAAUGGGGGUUGAAUGACUUGCCCAGGGUCACACUGGGGGAAAUGCAUAGAUCUGAAGCAGGCCCUGUGCAAUGCUUAAAACUUGGUCAGAUAUGGAAGACACCAAGACAUCACAGACCGCCACCAGUCAUCCUGACUUGCCACUAGAUUUUGAUGGCUCUGGAAGAGAGAGUGAGGCUUACAACUUUGCAAAACUCUGGUUCACUAAAAUUCAAUGUAUGCAGAAGUUAAAACAUCUCCCUAUGAUGUCACUGCUUCUCUGAAAACAAGAACAAACAGCAAUCAGCCUGAUCUCAGUAACCUCUCUGAGCUUCAAUUUCUUCUGUAAAAUGGCUUGGACUAGAUAGCCUCUCAGGUCCCUUCCAACUUUCAAUCUGUCGACUUACGUAUAUGCAUAUGUACAGAGAAUCAGGAAAUUUAGAGCUAGGAGGGACUUUCAAUAUCAUCUCUUUAUAAACCAUUCAUUUAGAGAUGUGGAAACUGAAGUCAGGAGAAACUAUUUAAGUAGGGGAUCCUAAUAGCUGCUCAGGACAAUCUUUCUUGGGAUGUAGCGCUAAAUCUUGAAGGAAGUCAGGUGGAGGUCGAGGUAAGGGGAGAUGACAAUUUUUGCAAAGACAGGUGGGAGUAAGACUACUGAAUUCAGGGAACAGCAAGAAAACCUGUUUGACUUGUGUGUAAAGUACAUGAGGGGGCAAAAUGUGGAAUAAGACUGGCAAGGUAACCUUGGAGGUGGAUUAUGAAGGGGCUUUAAAUGACAACCUGAAGAGGAAAUAGGGAGCCAUUGAAGAUUUAGUAAGAGGGACAUAUCCCCAUUUGUGCUUUAGAAACACAUUUGACAGCCAAAUCAAGGGUGGAUUAGCAAGGGAGAGAUCCUGGAAACCAGGCAUCUAAGAGGCUAUUCUAAUAAUCCAAAACCGAGAUGGCAAGGUCCUGGAUUAGAGGUUGUGGCCAUGUGAGUAGAGAGACAAGACAUUUUGGAGGUAAAAUUGAAAGAACUUGGCAACUGAUUAUACAUGGAGGAUGAGGUGAAGUGAAGUACACAGAAGAGUCGCAGACUAUGGGGGAAUUGGGAAACCCGUGUAUAGGUGAUAGCACCUAAGCUGAAUCUUGAAGAAAACAUGGGAUUCUAAAAAGUUGAGGUCAGGAGAAUAUUCAAGAAGAAAGCAUUUCCAGCCAAUGAGAUCAGGAUCACAUAUUCCUUUCAUGGGGGCACAGAUUUCUCUAAACACCAAAUAAAGUGUAUAUUUCCAUAGGCAAAGUAGAACAGAAAGAAUUAAACGUGAUGGAGGAAUGACAAAGAAACGAAGUACCAUGAAGAAAAUGAAGUUGUCACACUGAAUCUAGACAAAGGCAAAAGAUUCAGUAAAAACGAGAUUAUCAAGAUUAUUGGAGAAGCAAUUCUCCUGUCAUGACAGCAUCAUGAAACUUCAUGAAUUAAUCAAGUCCUAGCCUUCUAAAUUAAUUUUGGGGAUGAUUUUCAAAUUCUUAAAAAAUCUAUUCUUUGGCCAGAAAGACUAAAUUUGCAAUUGAUAGUUGACCUUCACUGUAGUCCUAAUUAGUGUCUCAGACAUCCUUGGAGCUAGCAUAGACAAAGGCACACCUGACCUAGGUGCAAAAGGCCAUCUCCCCUCUCCUCAACUAAUUAUUUCCUGUCUUGUAACCAUAAACUGUAUGAACUUUACUGGUAAUGAGAAUUUAGCAAUUCUGUUUUAUCAGGACUUUUGUAUCUCAAAAAUAUUCCUUUGAAUUGACUGACUGUAUUGGUUCCCCUGUCCACUACUAGCAUCUGCAAUGGGUAAUGAUUUUUCCUAAUAAAAUAACUCAAGCUAGACCACCAGUGUGAGCACUCUUCCCAACUUUCAUUCUGGCUCCUCAUCUUUCUGUAAUUUCUACUGCUUCAUGACAGUUGCUCCUCCCCAGUCAAAAAACCCUAUUUGGGCCUGAUUGAGCUGGCACAUGACACCAUCAGUCUUUCAAGGACUGUUUGCUUUUCCUUUAAGUACUCUAGUAUAUAAUAGUUUCAACAUGUAACUUGAAACUGUCCUACUUGUGUCCUUCAGAUCUUCUACUUGUUCUCUUUUGUGAUGGCCAUCUCUCUAGGGUUGUGUGUGUACUGAUUCCUGUAUGUGGCAAAAUUGGCCAUAGACCAAAAACAUUCCAAAGCCUAGUGCUUUCAAGGAUGAAAAAUAAAAGAUGUCAGUAGGAACCCUUGGCCUUUUUGCUUACAUCUUAGCUAUUAAAUCUUAUAUUCUCCUCUUA